CGUGAGACGAAUUUUUCUCUCGGCACGAACUCGAUGUCAUCUGUUUUUCAAUUCUUUCAGCAACUCCAAAUUUGCUGAAAUUUUGUUAAAAUUUGAUUACCUGUAAUAUUUUCGACAUAAUUUUGUGCGUACACGUUUGAAGUAGGUUAAAUGAUCUGACAUGACGAGCAAUCGGUGCCUUCUCUGUUUACAAGUUGUCGACACUGGUGAAGAAAGUGAUGACGACAAAUGUAAAGCGAAAAUAAAAGUCGCGACCAUGUGUCAAUUAUUAGCGCCUUCUCGCCCCAAAGACAAUCCAACGUCUUAUCAUGACCAAUUUGAUGAGGACGAAAUUUGUUACUUCUGUCCGGAUUGUCAUCCAGUUGUCGCUCAAAUUGAAGAAAUUCGCCACCAAAUUUCACUCCUUGAAGGUCAAGUCGAACAGAAAAUUGUGCAAAUUAAGGAAGCAAUUUCGAAUUAUCCCCUGAAUGGAGGGGACCGAUUAAUGGAGAUUAGGAACCUUAUACUACGCAGGACAGGUGCAGCAGAGAUUUUCGUCAAUGUUAACCAGGAUGACGAUAAUUUCGUACAGAACGAGUUUCGGGUCAAAGUAGAACAUGAAAUCGACCAUGGCGACGACCACCAAUUCUUUGACGACUGUAGUUCUUACGGCGAGACCACGUUUAUUAAUUACGAACCAGAUCCCAAAAAGGAGGGCAGCAAUGAUCCACUUGGCGAUCUGGAGGAUGAAGAUUCUGAAUUCUGUAUCACACCAUUCGCUCAAAAAAUGCCAAAGGGUCGCAAGAAAACAUCAUCAUCCCGAGCUGUACGUGGAAAAAUGAAGCGGUCCAUUUCACGGGAACUGAAGAGAAAACGAAUUAAACGCGAGCCUCGACCCGUCCUCGAACCGACACGGUCAUCCUCUCGCGUCAGAAAGACCGUACUUCCUCCUCCAGUGGAAGUCAAGAAAAUUCUCAAAGUCUCCCUGGAAAGGAUCCUGCCAGUCAAAAAACCUCAAAAAGUUCGCCCUUACAAAUGCACUUCUUGCACCAAAUCUUUCCUCACUUCUGACACCCUUACUUACCAUAUUGGACGGAUUCAUUCUGGGAUUCCUUGUCCCACUUGUGAUGCCAAGUUCUCCUCAAUAAAGGAAAAAGACGCCCACAUGACACGAGUCCACAACAUUGCGCCUUAUGCGUGUUCUCUGUGCGGUAAUAAGUUCUACAAAGCUAGUCGUCUUCAAGUACACUUGUUCACGCGACACGAAGAUGGAGAGAAGAAAUUUUCUUGUGCCAAGUGCGACAGGAGUUUCGCCCUAGAACAAAACUUUGAGAGACAUGUGAAAUUUCAUGAAUUGGAUGGAAUCAAACCGAUCGUUUGUGACGUAUGCGACUGCAGAUUUAAGGACGAGGAAACGCGUGACACGCACAAGGCCACGCAUAUACCAAAAUACCAAUGUGAUCAUUGUGGGAAGCGAUGCCAAUCUAAGCAAAUGUUGGCAAGACACGUGCGCUCCCACACCCGCGAAAUGGCAGAGAAAUGUUCCAUCUGCGAUGCCCCCUUCCGUGACAAACCAACUGUCCAGCGCCACAUUGCCCGCGACCACUCCAACACUCCCCCAUCACACAUUUGCCACAUUUGCGGAAAAGCAUUCUAUCUCCCAUACGACCUCACGAAUCAUCUAUACCGGCACGACGGAAAAUGGAAGGUUACUUGCGAAACUUGCGGGGAAACUCUUCCGAACAAAACUGCCUUCCAGGCACAUCUGGUAAAGAUGCACGGGGCAGACCCGUUAGUUUGCGAGGAGUGCGGAGCAACGUUUGCGACACCUCUACGAUUAAAGAAACACAAGAAGAGCCAUCUAGAGACUAGGCCAAGGCCAUAUGAAUGUGAUAUUUGCAACCGACGGUACUUAACAAAUAAAUCCUUAAAAGAACAUCGGACGUCUCACUUCGAUGAACGUCACUUCCCCUGCCCCCACUGCGAGAAGUCGUUCAAAACAUGGAGUCAACGGAGUAAGCAUGUGAAGCGAAUCCACACCGACUUUGUGAGACCUACACCCCACAAAUGUCCCCACUGUGAUAAAGCCUACCCACGCAAGUCUUAUCUGGAGGGUCACAUUCGUUCCGCCCACACGGGUGAGAGGCCCUUCAUCUGCGACGAAUGUGGAACUGGCUUCGUGCUCCAGACCAUGUUAAAUCAGCACUUGAAAGUGUCGCAUGGCGUGGGUGUGACGGCGGAGAAGAAAGAAAGACUGCCCAGGUCCAAGAGGGACGUCGAUGUUUUAAAAUCCGCUGGACAGGAUUCAGACUGAAGAUUUUACACAUAAUUGAUAUUAUUUAUUAAAAGUUUAAUUUGUUGUGAGAAUAGUGGUCAGAUUUGUAGGUACGGAGUUUUGAUACUUUUUGCAUCGCGUGCAGAUGUAAAUUUGUAAACUUAUGGAAAUAUACUUAUUUUUCAAAUUUUUCUGCAAUAUGUAUAUUCCCCAUAUAUGCAAAUUUUGAAUAAAUUGAGUUAAAAUUGUUUUAUCUACUUACAUUUUUAGUUAUACAAAUAUCACAUAAUUCCAAAUUAA